AUGGAACAAUCUCCAGAGGCCGGAUACUUCCUAAGACAAGUCUAUUCAUCGUUAACAAAGGACUUCCAGAUGCAACCAUUCAAUCCAGCAUCAAUGGAAAAUGUCAGGGUUGUUAAACCACACAAUAUCGGCUACAUCGUUGGGGUCGAAAUGAAACGUAUUAAGGAAAACUGCUUACGCAAAGAAGAACAGUAUGUGGAGCAAAUGCUACUGGAAAAUCCCAUAACAAUUGAGAGACGCACCAGCAACAACAAUCCUCAGCCAGCAUCUAGUGACGAUGAGAUGGUAGAUGUCGUAACUGUCGCCUCCACCUCAAAACGGGACAUGCAACAACAACGUGCCGAUGCUUGCCGCCGUUCCCGCUACAACAAUAAAGUCAGAAAAGCUAAAACGAUGUACCGUCAUAAAUUCAUGACCCAGAAAUUAAUGCAAAGCACUAAAAUGUACGAUUGCAUCCAGGAAUUAAUCGCCCAAACUGAGACAUAUUUACUUAGCAAUGGCAUGGACGCAGAUACUCUUCUGGCAUUGCGUAAUAACUACAACAUUGACAAAGCUAAUGAAACUGUGCAAAACUUGAAGCGCACUAUGAAUUUGGAAAAAUAA